UUCACCAAACAUGUAAUAAAACUAAAAGAAAAAAAAAAAAAAUUCUCUGUCUUGGUUUUUUUUUCCUUCCAGUCUGCUAAGAACAUGAUAGAAAGACAACAAGAAGGGUGGCAUUAGAAAUUUAAUUUCUGUUAUGGUGAAUUAUUCAGUUCUCUCACAACAACAAUGAAGGGCCGAGUCACUACCAAAGCAUCUGUAAAAUGGAUUCUGUUUCUCUGUGUAUUUUGCUUCGCUAUUGGAACUCUCUUCUCUAACAGAUUAUGGGAUUCCUCAGCUGAACCCAACGGUCAGCAGCUCCUAUCCCAGCGUCGACAUGAACAAGUAUUGCAAGUCAUCAAUGACGAUUCCACAACUAACAAGAAUCUUUCGCAUAAUAACGAUGCAAUGGACGAAGUGUUGAAAACUCAUGAAGCAAUUCAAUCAUUAGAUAAGUCAGUUGCGAUGCUUCAAAUGCAAUUAGCAGCAUCUAGGAGUUCUCAAGAGAUGAGCCUGGAUAGCUCUGCUGCUGUGUCAACCUUGUCUCGCGACGGAUCGGCAAAGCAGAAAGUUUUCAUGGUUAUUGGGAUCAAUACUGCUUUUAGUAGUAGAAAGAGACGUGAUUCAGUUAGAGAGACUUGGAUGCCUCAAGGGAAGAAGCUUAUGCAACUGGAGCGUGAGAAGGGUAUUAUUGUCCGCUUCAUGAUUGGCCAAAGUGCAAACAGCAUUUUAGACAGAGCCAUUGAUUCAGAAGAUGCUCAGCAUAAGGAUUUCCUUAGGCUGGAGCAUGUUGAAGGAUACCAUGAAUUGUCUGCAAAAACAAAAAAUUUCUUUUCCACAGCAGUUGCAAAGUGGGAUGCAGAGUUUUAUGUCAAGGUGGAUGAUGAUGUUCAUGUUAAUCUGGGUGUGCUAGCUUCCACACUUGCUCGCCAUCGAUCAAAGCCCAGGGUGUACAUUGGAUGUAUGAAAUCUGGACCUGUUCUUUCCCAAAGGAAUGCCAAGUAUCAUGAACCAGAGUAUUGGAAAUUUGGAGUCGAGGGGAACAACUACUUCCGACACGCAACUGGGCAGAUAUAUGCUAUCUCAAAAGAACUGGCCACUUAUAUCUCCAUUAACCAGCCCAUAUUGCAUAAGUAUGCUAAUGAAGACGUGUCUCUUGGUGCAUGGUUUAUUGGUCUUGAGGUUGAGCUCAUUGAUGACCGCAACAUGUGCUGUGGGACACCACCAGACUGCGAGUGGAAGGCACUGGCUGGCAACGUGUGCAUUGCAUCUUUUGACUGGAGCUGCAGUGGAAUCUGCAAAUCCGUGGAGAAGAUCAAAUUUGUUCAUGAAAAAUGUGGUGAAGGAGAUGAAUCUGUAUGGAGUGAUCUCUUUUAAAAUUAGGUUGAAUUGUAUUUGUUGGCAAUCAAAGAUUAUGGAGUUAUUCAAUUGUGGUUACUGAGAAGGCAGGAUGCAGAGUUGAGAUGUGGAAGGCAGUCCCCAUAGAUACUGUACAGUUCACCAAAUUCUGAACAUAUACCUUCUUCAACUUCUGAAUGACGCCCAUUUGAAGAGUGCUGGAGCAAGACCUUUGGAGUGGAUAUUUCUGUAGAACCUUUCAAUCAAAACUGUUACUUAAUUGCAUGGAAAUGGGUUUUGGAAGAUUGUGUUGUGCAGAUCUUCUAGCUUUUUUCGUAGUUUUGGCAGGAUACAAUGUAUGUACACCCCAACAUUAUACUUUCAGAUAGGACUAAGGAGUAGAAUCACUUCGUUGGAGGCAAAAAGGAGAACAGAUAGUUCAAUGCAAUUUAUGAGAUAGAUAGAUACACACACAAGCUGGCGAGUCGGUGUUGCAUUCCAGCACGAGUUUUCUUGAGCAGCAUUAGCUUCAUUGGACUGGCAACACCUUUGUUUAGUUGGAAAAAUGGGGAAAAGAUGGCACUGCUUAUGAAUGAUAAUGCAGAUUCUUAUUGUCUUAAAUGGAAAUUUCAACAUUCAAUUUUAAUGAUCGAUUUCUAGUCUCCGGUUA